AACACAGUGCCACAGAAAGCCAUCGCUUUGCAGCCGCUAUUGGCAUCUCGCAGGUCUACGGAUGCGAGGCCAGCUGUUCGCUGACGUCCGUUGAGCCCAUGCUCGUGGACUUUAAGUUAAAAUGACAGUGCAUCCCGCCCUGUACUCCACACGUUAGUGAAUCCUUCCGGUCAACUUCGAGGUCGUCCGAUAUUCAUUCAUUGUUCUGUUCUUUUGGGUCCCGUUGUAAUUUCAGUCCCUCUCUGUGCGCUCUGGUAGUGCUUUGUUAUCAGCAAAAGUCAUUCAUUAACAAUACUUACAAUGGCCGCGGGUCCGACCUUGCAUAUUUUCCCUCCCGUGGAGGAGGCAGCGAAGAGAAGAGAAAGCUUGGACGAUCUUAUCCGAAGAUCGAUGGACAUGCGACCGUCGGGACCUUGGCCGGUGCGUCGAGAUAGUGCAUCACUAGUCACAAAGGCAAAAGCAUCAAGCGGCGACGCCAGCCGUCCGUCUUCGGAUCAUACACGUGUCGGCGUUGCAAUAACACGAGACCCUUCUCCCUCUCCAGCUCAACAGCGCGUCAAAUACCUGCCUCCUAUCGAAGAGGCAAAGUCAAGUCCGCGGGAGAACCCAUUCCAAAAGCUUCCACCUAUCCAAGUGCCUAAGCGAGAGCCUUCAGCUACACGUGGCACUCGGCCACGGCGAAGUUCUUCAGUAGGCGCUCGCAAUAGGAAUAUUGCCGUUAGUCCUGCAGUUCGAAGAACUCCAUCCCCGGGACCAUCCGUUGCGCGCCAUCAUGGUUCUCCUGGAAGCAACAAGGAAUUAUCUGUCUCUACAGCACCCAUCCUUGCGUCGGAACGUACGUCUCCAUCCCGAUCUCUAAAUCGAAGCAGAGUCUGUGUCCCUAAGAGGGCAGAAGACGGCGGCGAAGUGGCCGCAAUUACUUCGCCGAUCAAUCCAUGCAACUACUAUUUCAUGCCACCGCAGAGACAAGCAUCUGUCAGAUCUGCUCAAUCAAGUCAUUCAGCUCAGUCCUCCUCAACACUGCAAUCAAACUUGACGCUUCAGCGAAAUGCGUCCAGGUCAACAGUUCGAAGUCGAUUCCCGAUCGGCUCAGACCAGAGGAGACAGUCAGAAGUUCAGACUCCCUUGACAGAAUACGAUGGCAUUUCCCCGAGCUCAACUCUUGGUCGAAACAGCUUCAUGGGAAAUAAGCAAUGGACGCAGAUUGCGGCCCCUCCAACGAGUGAUCUGCCCAUACGUUCGAUGUUUCCUAUCUUAGAUCCAAACGUCCCCCUCGCUCAACAAGCGUAUCGGCCGCAGGGCAUCGUACCUACAGCGGUUAUUUCACCGGAAAAAAUCAGCAGGACACCAUACUCGCCAAAUUUCAACAGUGCUUUGCUGUUGCCUGAAAAGAGGGACCCUGUAUACAUCACGCCGAUCUCAGAUCUCAACUCUCUUUGGGCUACGGCCAAUGGCAAGCUAGAUGCUCCUGACCCUAAGCACUUUACUUUGAAGAUGUUCAAACCUAUGCAAGAAGAUAGAAGCGGAAAGGAGAAGAUUGUCUUUGGACCAGCUGAGGAUCAGCCAUUUUACACUUUGUCAAAGACGCACACAAAAACUGAAGACGGCGACGACCACGAAUUAUUUGUACAAAGGCAUCACACAUCUGGAGAGGACAUUCUUCCAGUCUCACACCUUGACCUAACUCCGCCACCGCCUCCGACCCUGUCAAAAAUAAAUCGAGGAUCAGUCACGUCGGACGUUGACAGUCCAGCACAGCAUGUCACAACCAUCAUGCCCAUUCUCGCUUCUCUUCACGCGCUAGAAGGUGCAGCUAAAACACCACAAGCCAAGAGCAUUGCGGAGGUCGAUCCGAAUGCGACAUCGCCUGCUGCGCAAAGGCUUGCUGAGCGUGCUGUUGCCGAGGCCAGUCAACGCGAGGGCUGUACGUUGGCCUGGUCUGCGAUCGAUGCCCUCAACGGCAAGUAUGAACUGCACCACCCAAGCUUGGGUGUCUUCAACAUCUCUGUUGUUGGAGACGUCAAAUCUGCCUUCGAGCUCGGCGUUGUUAAAGGUCAAACUUGUAUAAGCAUUUUGAAUCCGUAUUCUUGCAUGGCAUCCUUGACUGGUUCUCCAGUAUCUUCCAGUAGUCGAACAUCAGCUAUGACGGCAGUCGAGCGUGAGCCAGAAAUCCUCGCUCGGUUGGAUUUCCAGGAUGGAUGUUUGCACAUCGACGCCGCUGCGAUCCAACAGCUGGGCAAUCUUUACUUGAUCGACGUGUGCGUGUCCACGCUUCUCAGCGUCGCCGUCUCGGAAGGCAAACGCCCAGAAGAUCCAGGUCUCGUAUUUGCGGCCCCUCCACCUUCCCUUCUUAGCUUCAAGGCCACAAGCAAGAAGGUGAAGACACCAAAGAUCAAAGAGAUCACCGAAGUCAAGCCAGCACCAAAGCCAGCCAAGAAGGCCAGGAAACCUAGGCCGGUCACUAUCAUGGCAAAUAGUUUGGGUUUGGGCUUUGAACAUAUUGUUGAGAAAGAAGACCUGCCACGCAUCACCAAGGCAAUCCUGAGCUUGCUCGGCAUCAGCUUCAAGGGUGCUGUGUACUUAAUGGGUUUUGGAGUAAAGGUCAUGGCAAUGCUGGUGAUCUGGCUUACGAAGAAGACGAUGACGGACAAGGACUAAGGUCGUAUGGCAAAUGAAAGAUUGACCGACUGAUAUGUACAUAAGGUGGAGAUCUAUAUACCCCCCCCUUGCACUGCCAAUUUCCCUUCUGUUUUGCUUUAUGAUGAGUUUAGAUGACCCCUUACGGAUGCUGCAGUAAUAAUGCCCUCUACACAUAUUAUCACAAUUCG